AUGGAUGUUUCCGAUGCGAGAUCGUCGGACGCCGAACUCGACGGCGCGUCCUCCAGUAGGCGGAAAUCUGGACGCGCAAUCAGAAAACCGCAAUUGUUCUCGGAAGCCAUUCACAGUAUAGGGUUGAACGUACCAGAAAAGAGAAAGCGAUAUUCGGCACUGAACGAUGAGCAAGAGAACGAUGAUGAGCAAGAAGAUGACGACGAUGACGACCAAGAAGAAUCCGAAGAGGAUCUAGACGAAGACGCAGACGAAGAAGAGGAGAAGGAACGCAGAAGAGUCACGCGCAAAGUGGCAGCAACAAAAAGGAAGACAACUCCCAAGACAAAUGCGAAACCCAAGUCAUCACGCGCGACAAAGAAGCCAAAGACUAAUGGCACUGGAAAGUCUCUUGCAAUACGCCCUGCAACUAAUGGAAAACAGAGCAAGAAACCCACCCCCAAAAAGAGAACCGCUCCACCAAGACCGAUUUUCCGUGCCACGACGGAAGGCCUAUAUGCCGAUGUAUUCGAACAACAGAAAGACGUCGAGGCGGUUGUCGACGAGUGGCUGUCAGGCUACGAGAAAACCCCGAUCGAAGGCUUACGCGCGCUAUUCAACUUAUUUCUUCAAUGUACAGGCGCUGACAUUUCGGUGGAUCUUGCCGACGUGACGGACGAGGACCAUUGGCCUCAACGUAUACAAGACCUCCAAGAGGCACAUCUCGACACCGAACCUUCUGAGUACCCCCUCAUAUCGAAAGAUAAGAGAUUUCGCAAUUUCAAAACCAUUGUGGUGGACUUCUGUGACUCAUGGGUCGCCAGUCUUCAUGAGUCUUCACUGCUCUAUAACACGUUCGCGCCUGGAUUAAAAGCCGAAGUAUGGCUCAAUACUAUGUCAAGUGCUAGUAACCGAGCCUUUAGACACACAGCGACCCUGUUCUCGAUCUCAAUAGCAACUUCACUAUGCCAUAUUGCCGAAGGCGUGACCUCUACAGUUUCCACAUCUCGCAAGCAGUUAGAGAGUGAGAAGAGAAAGAAAACGGCAAACAAAGGCAGGAUAAAUUCCAUACAAGAGACAAUCCAAGAAAAUGAGGAAAAACUCGAGGUCAUAGACGCUCUACUAAGAGAAGCCUUUGAUACUAUGUGGGUCCAUCGGUAUCGAGACGUCGACCCCAAAAUUCGCAGCGAAUGCUUCCAUGGGCUGGCCAAUUGGAUCCAGACUCAUAAGGAAAUGUUUUUCGAACCCCAAUACGUACGCUAUCUAGGAUGGGGACUCUCGGAUGCAGUCACUCAGGUUCGUUUAGCUGUCGUAGCACAGCUUCGCCAGAUAUAUGAAAUCAAGUUCAGUAUCGCAACGCUACGAACUUUCACAGGACGUUUUCUCCGUCGACUUGUGGAGAUGGCUACAAGGGAUUCCGAUACCAAUGUUCGCGCCUCCACCGUUGAAUUGCUUGGGCUUAUAAGAAAUCAAGGAUUGAUGGAUAACGCAGAAGUUGAUCAAGUUGGCCAGCUUGUAUUUGAUAUAGAGCCCCGUAUUCGUAAAGCUGCCGGUCGCUUUUUUGCCGCAAACCUUCAGGAAAUCUAUGAGACCCACUCUGAGGAGAUGGCGGAGGACAUCAACGAAACUUUCGGCGAUGAAGACGAUGACGAUGAGUUCGAGGCCCCAAAACGAUCCUGGAUUAAAUACAAGUGUCUUGUUGACAUUUUACAAUCCUACGAUGGGCAAGAAGAACUCGCGGUGGAGAGACAACGCCUAGGUCCUCUUGAAGCCUUGUCUGGUGCACCUGUGGAGUCUCGUUUCUUCCUGGCGACAGAAGCGAUAUACGCUCAUACGGAAGAACUAGGAGAGUGGCAAUUUCUUGCCGGAUACCUUCUCUACGAUCAUUCUCAAGUAACCGAUUCUCCCCCGCAGGAUGAGGCAAGUAAUGUGCGACAGUUCUAUGCAUUGGAAGAAGGACAAGACAUCAUCUUGCUUGAGGUUCUUGUCUGUGCAGUCAAAUUGCGGAUCUUGGAAAUUGCCAAAUCCGACAUCAACAAACGUGGACAAAAGAUCAAGUCUCUAACCGACAAAAUUCCUGAAAUGCAAGCAGAGACAGCCCACAGUCUUACUCGAAUUAUCCCCCGCUUGUUGAAUAAGUUCGGCGCUGUUCCUGAAGCCGCAUCAGCUGUCCUCCGUCUGGAACACCUCGUCGAUUUGAAUAUGGUUCAGGAUCUCCAGAAAGACGCCACUGCAUAUACUGCUCUUCUCAAUGACAUUAAUCGACAAUUUCUGACACAUUCUGACCAAGAUGUCCUUGCUGAGGCUAGUGUUGCUUUCUUGCAUGCUCGAACAUCGGAUGAGAUGAAGGAAGCUAUGGAAAGCAAAGUACAGGAAUUAUGGGACGACAUGAUCGAUAUUGUUGGUACAUUGUCUCAGAAUCAAGAUGUCCAGAAUGGAUCAUCAGUCCGCAAAAACACCCUAACAGAUCUGGCCAAUACUGUGACUAGAAUCUCGAAUCUGGCGACUAUCGUGGAUUGCACUAGUAUUAUUGAAACCGCGCCUUCAGUGGAAGCUAAAAAUCGCAAAGAGAAAUCGGUAGCUCUAUUCAACACACUCAUUCACUUCUUGAAACGCGGGCUUCGUGAUGAGGAGACAGACCGUGAAUUACAAAGUCUUGAGACUGAGUUGGUGGUCAACAGUGCGAAGACUUUACUCUUUUACUUCAUGUGGAAGGUACAGAAUCUAUCUAGCACCAUCAAGUCCGGGAAUGCCAAUUUCAACACUGCAUACUUCGAAACAUUGACAAAGAGCAAGGAUAUAUUUGCUACUUCCUUAACGGCCGUCAUGCAAAACCGGUCGGUUUUAGACGACAUUCGAUUUAUUGCAUUAACCACUUUUUUGGACUUGCAAACACUGUUUGGCACACUUCGCAAUAUUGGAACGCAUAUUCAGGGCGGACCAGAACAAGUAGACGAAGAUAUCAUCCUACAAACUCAAGGCUUAGCACAAGAAGUUAUCCCUUCGACGCAGGCCACCAUUUCCAAAUUCCAUGAAGUUGCUGAACGAAAUCUAGCCAAGAAAUUAAAGAAGGAUAUAAAUUCGGCCGUUGAUGAGGAGGCCCCGUUAGAGUCAGCCCAAGAUAUUAAGGACCUUCCAUCAGAUGACGAAGACGAGGAGGAGGAGGAAGACGGUGAUGAUGAAGCAAUUGCAACCGAGCGCCUCCGUGCCACCAUCCUAGCCGAACAACGACUUUGCGAACUUACUGGCAAAAUCGUCCUGGCGAUUAUUGGUCGUGUUCUAGAUGCCACUGGAUCACAGCGUGGGAAACUCAAGCAGAAAUUGCUUAAGAACAAAUCCCGACUAGGCAACAACUAUAAAGAAGUUGUCGCGUUUCUGGAAGAUCGUAAAGCGCGACCAGCUGCUUCUCGUCACAAGGACAAACAACAACCUACUAGUUCUACCGGUGUCGAUAAGUAUAAAGAUACAGCGCAAUCAAACGAGCUCGUCGAGCUAGAGGAUGAUCCAAUUGAAGAUGAUGAUAUCGCAGAAGCAAACCUAGUCGUCGAUGAAGAUGAAGACGAAGACCUUCUUGCCAGGGAUCUCGUGGAGGAAAAUAUCGAUGAUGGACAUUUUGAUAAUGAAAGCGCUGCCAGUGAGGAUGAAGCUGAAGCGGAAAAUGAAGAUGAAAUAAUGGGAGAUUAG